AUGGCCCCCAUCCGUGUCGCAAUCAUAGGUCUCUCCGCAAGCGCAACAACCUCGUGGGCAGCUGAAGGACACCUUCCUUACCUACUCCUCCCCCGCGCCAGGGAGCACUACGAGAUCGUAGCCCUCCUCAACUCCAGCGUCCAAGCAGCAGAGGCAGCAAGGGCUCACUUCGACCUCCCUGCCUCCGUGAAGGCCUACGGCGACCCAGCCGCGCUAGCCAAGGACCCCGACGUCGACCUCGUCGUCUGCAGCACCCGCGUGGACACGCACGCGGCCGUCGUGAAGCCCUCCCUCGACGCAGGCAAGGCCGUGUUCAUCGAGUGGCCCAUCGCGUCCAACUAUGCCAGCGCGCUGACCCUGACAGGCACACCCGGGUUCGCCAAGAGCGUCGCGGGCCUCCAGGGCCGGGUGUGCCCGCCCGUCCUCAAGCUCAAGGAGCUCAUCGACUCCGGGCGGAUCGGCAAGGUGCUGAGCAGCGAGGCGCGCGUCUUUGCCAACAUCCUGGCGCGCGACUCGCUGUCCGAGGGCUUGGCCUACUUUGCGGACCGCAAGGUCGGUGGCAGCCCGCUGACCAUCACGUACGGGCAUGUCAUCGACUACGUGCACGAUGUGCUGGGCGAGUGGGAGGGCGGGCAGGCGGCGAGCAGGAUGCAGAUACAGCGGCCUGAGAUCCGGAUCCUGAGCGGCGAUGGGGCCGUGACGAGGACGGUGCAGUCCGAUGUGCCGGACUUCCUUGCCGUUCACGGGCAGCUCGCGCCGGCCAGGAAGAACGUUGCGGACGGUGUGUCGCUCGCCGUCACGCUCAGGCUCGGUCCGCCUUUCAAGGGGCAGCCGGCCUUCGUAUGGAGUAUCAACGGCGAAAAGGGGGAGAUACUACUUACCAGUCCCUCCGGGCCGUAUAUUUUCUCUGGGGACUCAUACGACGAGCCUGUCCGGAUCCAGGUUCAUGACCAUGAGUCCGACGAGGUUGUUGAUGUGGAGGUGGAAUGGAAGGACUGGCAGGAGGAGCUACCUCUGCGGGCGAGAUGCACCGGCGAGGUUUACGAGCGCUUUGCCAAAUGGUGGGACGACGGCGCUUCCUCAGACCCUGGGCAGCUGUCAGAAGCGGAAGCCUUCCCAAGUCUUACUCACUCGUUUGAGAGGAUGAAGGAGUUUGACACCCUUCUGAAAACAUUGGAGUGA